AUGAGUACCACAGCGGUGGCCGAUGAAGUGGAAAAAGCGACACAAUUCGUUCUGAACAGUCUUAGUGAGAACGGCAAUGAGCUCAACACAUUGCAAAUAUCGAAAGAUCUUGGUGUCGAUCAUCAGGCCGUUAUCGGUGCUAUCAAAAGUCUACUCACUCAUGAAGGACAAAUAGACUAUCCUGUAAGUGGUUUUUAUGCAGCUGGUAGGUAG